AUGUAUACAAGAGCAGAUGUCUUGCAAACCAGGCACAAGGCAGCCUCGUUUUUGCAGCCUUUGUUGCAGAGCCCGCGCCGGACAUCGUACUACCGCCAGGUCCAGGGGCAGCGAUUUGACAGAGAGCUCUUGGACAUGGCAGAGCGAUACGUCAAAGACGGCAACGCGGCACACAGCCUGUGGCAAGCAGCGCAGGAUGGCAAGGGUGUCACGGAGGUGGAGAAGAAGACCCUGCAAUACACGCUGGCACGCAUGAAGUACACCCCGAAGGCUUCAGCAUUUCUCAAGCAGAAGCUGCACGGCAGACAAUCAGAGAAGUCAGCGAGACCCUCCAAGUCUGCAAAGCGCGCGGCAGCUAAGCGAGCAGCAGAGAAGCCUGCAGCGGCCAAGCCUGCAGCCAAGCCUGCAGCCAAGCCAUCGGCUUCUGCCGACGCCAAGGCAGCAGCUUCUGCAGAGCCAGCACCAGCAAAGUCUGGAGCAGCCAAGUCUGAAGUACCCGACAAGGCCACCAAGAAGGAGGGCCCUCGUGUGCUUGUGAAGUGGAAGUGGGUCAAACGCCCAAACUCCAGCUUUCCAGCCUUUCCGGUGGUCAUGCCAAGGAAGGAGCAUCGCUUCUCUCUCGUGAUUUGUCAUCCGAUGGGUUGCUAUUCGACCUUCUUUCUGGGGCCGGAGGGCCUGGUAAAGGACCUGCUGGUGCAGAGCCACCUGAUUCGCGACUACUGCAAGAUUCUUUGCCCCGGUGCAAAGCACAUAGACUGGGGCAAGCAAUGGUUUCGCUACAGGAGCAACCGGGGAGGCACGCGUCGAUGUCACGAAGAAGUCAUUUCCACCAGAGACCUUCAAAAGGCGGUUGACUUCGUCUCCGGCGUAGUAGCCGCGGAGGUCUCGCAACUUCAAGCUGCAGACCGUGUGCUCCUGGGAGGUUAUUCGCAAGGAGGAUGCAUCAGCUUGGAGGUUGGUCUUGCUCUUCCCUUCGACCUGGGUCUGGUUAUCUCGCAGCGAGGGAUGUUGAUGAAGCAGACGAUGGACCGGCACGAAGCUGUGAUGACGAGCCCAGAGCCUACACCAGCUCCAGGUCCUCCAGGUCCUCCACUGUCCGCUUCCCCAGGUGCUGAAAAGACGGCGAAGCGUCAGUACAACGGCCCAUCGGCUAAGCCCCGUGUCUUGAUGACUGCUGGAGUUCUUGAUGACGUCUACCUUCUUGCAAACCAGGAAGACGGGCGCAACUGGCUCACGCAAUACGGCUGCGAGGUUGACUUCCAGGCCAUCAAGACCCUGGACCACUAUGAGAACUCGCACGAGGAACAUGCGCUAGUUCGCAAAGCCGUGCUGGCUACCUUCCGGCGUGCCAAGAAACUCAAGGCGAAGAAGGCAAGAAGCCUUCGAGCAACAUCCUCAAACGAGAUGCCUUUGUCUCAAUGA